AUGGACUGGUUUCAUCUCCUUGCAGUCCAAGGGACUCUCAAGAGUCUCCUCCAGCACCGCCGUUUGCAGGCAUCAAUUCUUUGGCAUUCUGCCUUCUUUGUGGUCCAGCUCUCACAGUCGUACAUGACCACUGCCAAGACCAUAGCCUUGACUAUAUGGACCUUUGUUGGUAGAGUAAUAGCUCUGCUUUUCAACACACUGUCUAGGUUUGUCAUAGCUUUCUUGCCAAGAAGCAAACGCCUUCUGAUUUCAGGGCUGCAGUCACCAUCUGCAGUGAUUUUAGAGCCCAAGGAGAGGAAAUCUGUCACUACUUCCACCUUUUCCCCUUCUAUUUGCCAUGAAGUGAUAGGGCUAGAUGCCAGAUCUUAG